UGACUGGCAGGGUGCUAGCUGCAUGUGCGGAGUCUGAGCUGAAGCAUUUCAACUUUAAAUAAAUCUAGUGCACUGUGAGCCUUGGGGGUUUGUACAAAACAUGACAGCCAACGAUGAUCAAGAGCUGCAGACCAGCAGUGACUGGCUUCUCGAAGCAGAGGCAGGGUAUAGGGACUGGCAGAUGUGUACAGAACAUUGGGAUGCUCAGCCUGGUACUCCGCCUAUAGAACUGCCCGUGUGUGUGUUGGAAAGAUGGAGCUGGAAGCUCUUCAUUCCAUCUUUGAAGGAGAUGACUGCUUUAAAGAGCUCGGCCCGGUCUCUUUUCAAUACAGGUUGCCCAGAGGUAAAGAAGACCAUUGUCUCCAAACUAGAAGAGCAAGUUGAAGCAAAUCUAGGCACUGCCAUGGUGUAUACAUUGUUUGAAUGGGCAAAAGAAAACCAGCAACAGCUUAUGGAAACCCAUCAUCCUGUGAACAAUGCACUGACUUUGAAAACCAGCAGUGAGAAUUCUCUUCAAAGAAAAAGGGAAAAAAAGAGCAGUUAACAAAAUCACAAAAGAGGAAGUUAACAGGAAAAACAGCUUCAAUGGCAAUGACAGAGACCCGGCGCGUAUUGGAGACAGGCGAUUAUUUGAGACCCGGCAAUUAUUUGUAUGUUAUGUCUUGAAAAAGAAAGACUACUUGAUCGAUUUAUAAACAAAAUGUAAGUUGUUGCUCCCUUUAUAUUAAAUUUGUAUGUACUUUAAUCAACAGAUAACAAGGGUGAGCUGGCUGGAACUGGGCAGAUGUAAUCAAGGUACAUUGCCUUUACAGACAAUAGACAUAUUAAAUAUAUCCUCUCUUGAAAGAGUAAUUUGUAUUGAAAUGAUUGUUGUGUUGUUUUUUUCUUUCUUUCAACCAACCCUGACAACUUCAUAGCAUGUAAGUUUUUUUUUUUAUUUAUUAUUUUUUAUUUGCUAAUUAUGUAUCAACUUUCUGUAGUGUUAUUCAGCGGGAUAUUAAAUUCUAGUUUCAUGUUUACAAUAGAAAAAAGGCCAGUGUGCACCUGUCACGUGAAACUGUAUGAUUGAUUUACUUUUCACUGAUAUCCAUUAACUGCAGAGAUGGCAGACAGACUGGAAAUAGUUUCCUAUAGCUGUGCCCUUUCCGUGCAUUAAUCUCCCACUGUGCAUGUUUGAUAGCUUUGUGUCAGACCUGUUUGCAGACUGCUGGCUAGAAUAUUAAGAACAGCGUUAUCAGAAACAUAGGCUUCGUUCACUUACUAUAUGAUAAAGCAUGACGUGUAUCAAUGCUGUUUACUCCUGGGUGCAAUUUAUACCAUGUGUUAAAGGAAAAAAAAUAUGUUAAUAAGCUAGGAAUAGUCAUUAUCUGCACUUCUGAGCACAAGAUAACAGCCUUUGUUGUGUAUUAUUUCCCUUUCAAAAAAAAUGGGUCAAAUUACAUCAUGAAGUAAAAAGCUCUGAUACAAAUGCCCAGGUGUAUCUUUACACACAUGCAGUUUGUGCUAUGUUCAUAGAGAUUUCAAACUGUUUAAUAAGUGCUAAACAAAGUUUUAAAAUCAGUUUUCCUACAUCAUUAAUCCUGGCUCCCCUCUCUAUGUCUUGUGUUGAAAGCCUUUUACUUCUAAACUUAAUUUGGGUUAUGCCGGUAUUUCAAAUGCAAUGUUGUAUAUGAAAAAAUGUUUGCUGUUUCCUGGUAACUAAUAACUCACUCCAGUGGUCUAGCUGCAAUCACACUGUGUGUUGUAUUCAUAAUAGCUGAGUAUCCUGAAUUAACAUCACAGUAUAAGGGGGUAGUCUUGAGAAAGUUGGUUAACCCUUUAGACUCCAGAAUUUUAAAGCAACAACAAUCGUAUAAUGUUAUUUUCUUUUUCUUUGCAAAGCUAAGCAAAACAGGUGGUAAAGAUGACGAUUAACAGACUCCGGACUGUGAAGUGGAUUUCUUAUUGUUUUAAAGUAAAGUGCAAUGACCAGACAGGACCUCAGAUCUGUUCUAUACAGUGCUGCUUGACUUUAGCUUGAGUCUUCCCAGUCUUGAGUAUUUAAAAGAACAGAAGAUAACAACAAAGCAAGUUUUCUAAUGAAAAACUCCACUUUUACAAAUUAAUUUUACAUUGCCAAAUUUAAAUAUAUUUUACAAAAAAGUCCCCUGUUCGUUGAUUUGUUUCUGUUGGGAUUUCCAUAUUCUGUCAUUUUUGUCCAUGUUACCAGAACAUAACCUUGAUAAACUAUUUUACUGUCAAUGCAAACAUGUAACCAACUGCAAAUUGUAAGUUAUUUAUCUACAUUUUGCCAAUUAUUAUACAGUAAACUUUAGAACUUGUUACAUGUGUUGUUCACUUCUUUGUAACUAAAAGAAGUUGUGUACAGAUCAUGAUGUUUCAAUAAGCCUUCCGAUAGGCAGAAUUAGUGGGCAACACCAUUCCAAUUGCUUUUAACUGUAGAGAUAUUCACAAGGUAUACCAAAUGCUAUACUUCACUUAACAGAGAAUAAUAACAUUGAUCAGAGUGACAACCCUGUACAGUUGAAUCAGAACCUGGAUUUGAUUAUUUCCUUUUAAAUGGCAUAUGUUGGUUUUCAAAACAACACAUUUCUCCAUCUUUUUUAU